GCAUGGCACCGGGCACGCUACUAAGACGCUCGACGAUCCGCCAUAUUUAAUAUAGCUUUGAAUAACGUUAAUAGUUUAUUGAGUUUAGAUAGCCAGAAUUCUCUCAUAUUAGUUUGGCAGUUAGUUAAAUGGAAGCUAGAGGUAUUUUUCUACAAGUCAUAGUUUUCGGCAGAAUGCAGCACAAUCCUGUAGCUUCUCUGGUUUGAAAUACCACCUAGGAGUACACAAGUAAAAGGAGGAGGAGGAGGAGGUGUAAGAAGAAGAGAAAAAAAGAAAAAAUGAAACCAAAAGUUCAGGCGCAACGAAAGUUCGCGCAAGGUGCGUUUGUGCCGCCGGCGGUGGCGGUGACAGAGCGCCGGACAGUGGAACCCCCAGAACAACAAAUAAUCGUAACAAACAAUACGUCGGCUAAAAGAGUUUUAGACUCCGUCACAUUUUCGCAUCCCGGGAUGCAUCUACAUAUGCCCCGAGUGGUAUUAGAACGGUGUUCUUUAAACACCACAACAAUGAUCCCAGCGACUACUACAAAUAAAAGAAAUUAUAAAAGAAAAAAAAUCAACGAAAAAUCCACACGCGUACUAAGGUCAACACGCAGUCGGCAAGAGUCUUCUGAAAUUUAUAAUUCAGAAGACGACAGACCCUUAAGAGAUUAUUAUCUGCGAAAGAAGCGCAGUAAACCUGAGAUGAACGGUAAUGAAACAACAAGAAAAAAGAAAAAGCUGCCACAAAAGGAUACAAUAGCUGCAAAGAAACGCAAAUCGACUAUGCUAUCAACAAGUACCGAACCCAUCGCGGGGCCUACGACUACGGCUACGACUUCGUUAGAACAACCGCAAGCGCUGACUUUUGAGUAUUUGAUAGUAAAGGAGGAGCCGCUGCUAAAUCUUAGUCUAAAUGACGAAAACGAUGCCUUGCCGGAAGAUGAUAGCAUAGAUAGGCUAUCAGAAGCAUCUGCUUCUGAUGAAAAUUUACUUGGCGUUGAUGACGCUCUACCCGGAAAUGACGACCCCCCAAUCUGUGACAAUUCAAUCAAAAACGAACCAAAUCAAGAGGAACCCAACCCGGAAGUUGUAAGCUACAAGUUGGAAGUGCCACCAACACGACACGAAGAAGGGUACCCGGAAGUUAUAAGCUCCGACGAGGAAGUCCCACCCACACCACACGAGGAACCCAACCCGGAAGUUGUAAGCUACAAGUUGGAAGUGCCACCAACACGACACGAAGAAGGGUACCCGGAAGUUAUAAGCUCCGACGAGGAAGUGCCACCCACACCACACGAAGGCACGACAGGCGCUAGAAGCCAUGAACCCGAACGUACCGAGCUUCCAUCAUCCUCCACGCAAGAGCCCUCCAUCUCUGAAGGAUGCAGUACAGCACCAACUUUCUAUCCGACUGAGGACGAAUUUCGAGACCCCCUAGCAUACUAUCUUAAAAUUGCUCCCAUUGCUGCCCAGUACGGCCUGUGCAAAGUUGUGCCGCCGCCAAGUUUUAAACCAGAGUGUAAGACAACAGGCUUGGACCGCGUGACUGCAGGCGCCCAGUACCCCGCCCGUUUUUUUAAGCGGUGGGGUGACGGGACGCUACAAAUGUGCGCUAUACGCACUUAUUUAGCCAGCCACAACGUGUUUUUCCCUAGGCCGCCCUUGGUGGACGGCCUAGAGGUCAACUUACCGAAAAUGUUCAGAGUAGUUCAGGGGCUGGGGGGAUUUAAAGAAGUUUCAAUAAAAAAGAAAUGGAGCAAAGUAGCAGAACGUAUGAAUUUUAUCAAAUUGGCAAACCCCGAAAAAAAGCUUGACCAUUUAUAUGUCAAGUACAUACUCCCUUACGACAUUUUGACCAACGAUGAACGGAGAAGUCUAUACCAUAAGGUAGAGGCGAGGUGGCACGCCAAGCAGCAGUUGCUGCAAAGGCGUGCGGACAAUCCUCUGCACUUAAGGAAGAUCUACCUAAAUGAGUCUGAGGAGUCCUCCGACGAGGGAGAGUUAAGUGAGGAAGAAUCCAACGUUCGAGAAGCAAUACUCGACGUUGAAGAUUGCGUCAAGGCCGGCCGCCAGAUGCCGCUAGCUACAUUUAGGAAGGUCAGCCGCACGGCCCUAAACAUGCACUUCCCUAAUGGAGAGCCCACGGUCGAUGAGAUCGAAAGGGCCUACUGGCAAAUGGUCCACCAGGCCACGGACCACAUAGGAGUAUAUACGGCUUCGGUCGACACAAGCCAAUUUGAAAUUGGUUUUACUACAAAUCCCAGCGAUCCCAUAAGCAGACAUCCAUGGAACCUCAAAAAUAUUUGUCAAAAUGAAGCAAAUAUACUCCGCUUCUUAGGAGCUGUCGUAUCUACGACAGUUCCUAUUUUACAUUUUGGCAUGAUAUACUCAACGAACUGCUGGCACCGUGACCCUCACGGCCUGCCGUGGUUGGAGUAUUUACAUGAGGGGCGUGAAAAAAUAUGGUAUGGGAUUCCAGACCAACAUAGUGACCAAUUUCGGCGCGCCGUCGAACAGUUGUGCCCAACAUCUGUUCAGAACAAAUCCAUGUGGCUCCCGUCAGAUAUAACUAUGAUCCCGCCCGACUUACUGUUGCAAGAGGGUGUGUCUCUGACAAAAAUAAUACAGAAACCUGGCGAAUUCAUUUUUGUUCUCCCCAAAGCAUAUUCUUGCUCAAUAUGCACGGACUUUACAAUGGCCGAAAGCGUUUACUUUGCAGUGCAGCCCUGGCAAAUGACGUUACACCAGGUGUUCCAAGAACUGCGGGAUUGCGGAGAGCCCAUGAUGUUUGCACCGGAGCAGCUCCUGCUGGCGAUCACGCGUGACGAGCGCGUGUCGCCAACACUCUAUCAGGAAAUCGUCCCCCAGCUCGUCAACCUACUGGAGGACGAACUAAAGAGCCGCUUCGCCCUCAUAGACCGUGGCAUCCCGGCCAUAUUCGUCGGACGGAAAGAUGGAGACCGACCAUAUAACGUCAAUGAAGAGGCAGAGUGCGGUGUUUGUCGGCGGCCGCUCUAUCUAUCGCAGGUCAAAGUAAAAAAUUACAAAAGCCUCAACCACGCCUGCCCACAGGACGCACAUCUAAUCCUGGAAAAACUCGAUGGUUCAGAAAACUCGGGGCCUAUCGAUAUGGUCCUUGAAACACUGGUGUCAGACAGUGUGCUGAGGCGGAUUUUGUCUGGUGGGCAAAAGAAACGCGUCGAUUCCUAAGUACUGUUUUGUGGAUUUUUGUGACAUUGUAGAUCAAUGACUUUUUGUUACUAAAAAUAUUUUUUUGUGUUUUCCUAAGUACUGUUUCGUGGAUUUUUGUGACAUUGUGGAUCAAUGACUUUUUUGUUACUAAAAAUAUUUUUUUGUGUUUUCCUAAGUACUGUUUUGUGGAUUUUUGUGACAUUGUGGAUCAAUGACUUUUUUAUUACUAAAAAUAAUUUUUUGACCUGUUAUAUUAUUGUAAAUAUAUUACGAUGUAAAACACUGGUGUCCACCGUAAUCACCAUCGCAUCGGGUAUGGAGCGGACCAUACGAACGGGUAUCAUGGGUAGUUAUGUUCGCGUACAGCGGUCCAAUGCCUUCAGUUCUCAAUGGAGAGGACCAUAUCUGCUGUCCGCAUUAGUGAUAUUAUCACUGCAAUAUUUAAGUCAGUAUCUUUAUAAUACGUACUUAUUAUUGCCAUUUAAUGAUUCCUUAGCGGUGUAACCGCUCAUAGCAUGCUGUAUAUAUAUUUUAAGGUUCCCCAAUCAAAUUCCUAAGGCCCAAUUGCAUAAGGACAUUAUGCUCUUGCCUUAAAAUAACAUCAUUACAAAAUUUAACUAAUUCAGUUGAACUGCCCUUGUGCAAGUGGGCCUUAGGGCCAAUUCACACGGGAACGGCAGCGGCUGGCAGCGACGCGGCAGUAUCGCGUCGCCGCCACCGAUACCAGUUUAGUUUCUACAUUCGGUGCAGAACGGGGAGGGCGCGGAAUCGGCUCUUAGAGUCAACUUUCGGAGAUUCUCAGGAGCUGCUUCGAUGUUGAUAAUUAUUAUUUAUUAUAAAUAAGUGAUUCUUCACGGAAACAAUUUAUUUAAGAUUGAGCUCAACCUGGAGAUUCAAAGGUUCCUCUAAUUUUGUAGUAUUAUUAUUAUUUUGGUUUUUUUUAAAUGAAAAAAAUCUUUAUUUUACACUUGCUCAUAUGAAGUAUUAUUCUUCAUUUAUUUUUUGUUUAUUCAAAAGUGGCAUAUGAUAGGCCUUUUAAGGGUCAGCGCAGACAGAACUGCAAUUGCUGCGAUAUAUAUAUGUAAAUAAAAACGGCUGUAUAUCUUUAUUAAUUAGCUUUAAGUGAUAUUUGUGUCGUCAGAUAUGAUGACAGAAAUGUAUUAUUGCAUUUAAUUUCAAUUUAUUAUUAAUUUUAAGGGUCAGCGCAGACAGAACUGCAAUUGCUGCGAUAUAUAUAUAUAUAUAUAUGUCAAUAAAGACGGCUGUAUAUCUUUAUUAUUUAAUUAGCUUUAAGUGACAUUUGUAUCGUCAGAUAUGAUGACAGAAAUGUAUUAUUAUUGCAUUUAAUUUCAACUAUAGUCUAUUUUUAAAUCCCAGAGACCAAAAUGAUACCUAGAAAUGUCAAACAUAAAAAUAAUGAUACCAGCUUAAGAAAAAUAGUGUUGUCCUCACAGUUCCGAUUAAGAUAAAAAUCGUUAAUAAAUCAUAUUUCGUGCAUAAUGGACUAAUGAGUAAAAUAUACCUUGUUUUUUAUCGCUGGGGAAUGCAUUUACGCAUCUCUCCCCGGAAGCCAGCCAGCUGAGGGAGCGGAUUUUUUUCCAUUACUUGUGCUACAAGACCUACCUGGCAAACUUUAUGAUUCUAGGUUGUACUCUAUAGGUUUUCUUGACAGACACGACAGAUGGACAACAAAGUGAUCCUAUAAGGGUUCCGUUUUUCCUUUUGAGGUACAGACCCCUAAAAAGUAGCACUAAUCACAUAUUAUUUGAAAGACUAAAGUAAGUAACAAAAAAUAAUUCAUAUGUUAAUUGUUUCAAUUAGUAUGUUAAACUCAUAAAUCGAGAAUCAGCCUAUACUUAUUUCAUUUGAAUUGGAAUUAUUUUCAACACAUUUUGUUGUCUCGUAUAUAUAAUAUAGGUGUCGAUUAAUAUUUAUCAGUAUGUAUCGAUUGCACCACAUCACUAUCAAAGUGCCUUAAGAAAAAAAGGCAACACAGGAUACGCCAUUUUGGUUUCCGGGAUUAAAAAACGGACUAUAAAUAAAAUUUCUUUUACUGAAUCCACUACAGUUUUUAGGGUUUCGUACCCGAAAGGUGCCCCAUAACUAAGAUUGUAACAAAACGUCCUGGCUUCGAUGUCACUGACAAGCGACAAACGCUCCGACAUUUGACGCUCGGUAGCCUUUGAAUCGCCAAUUUUCUUUGGUUUCACGUCCCCCUAACACUAAUUCGCACGAGUGUUAAAAAAGCGUUGCGUUAAAACCCGGCGUUGCGCUGAUAAUACAAAGUGCGCGUUAAAAAAGCGUUGACGUGUGAACAGAUACUUGGGAAUGCAUUUGUUCUAUCUGAACGCUUUUUUAACGGACGUUAAAAAAGCUCUCGUGCGAAUGAGGCCUUAGUCUACUAUAUUUGACAGAUUUCGAUUCAGGAUCAAGUUGAUUUCAAACUACAGAAUAUAAUAUAAUAUCGCUUAUAUAAAUAUCGCUC